AUGUCGUUGGCGGACAAGAUAAAUAUGCUUAUGGCCCGGCCAGGGCCAGAAAAUGCCCAAAAAGAUGACGUUCCCUGGUGGAUGCGCUACGCUGCUCGAGGGUUGGGGACAGUUGGCAGUUCCAUCGCCAUAUUCAUGGGUCUAUUUAACUGCAUCAGUAUAAUAAUGAUGAAUGUGGACUGUUUGAUUGCGGGCGUGUGGCAGAUGCUGGCGGGUUUCCUAGUAAUUAUAAGCGAGGCUCCAUGCUGCUGUUUCUGUAUAGACUACGUACAGACAUUAUCAGAUAAGAUCGAGACCCGGCCGUACUGGAACAAAGCAGCCUUGUAUAUGGGGUUGGCGUUGCCCCCCUUCUUUAUGUGUUUCUUCAGCGUGAGCACGUGGUUGGGUAGCGGGCUGAUAUUCGGCACUGGCAUUCUAUACGGCAUGAUGGCGCUGGGAAAGAAGGGUACGCGGGACGACAUGGCCGCGAUGGCGGCGGGCGGCACCACGCCCCCCGGGGCUCCGCUGGCGGCCUCGCAGGACCACACCGUCACCCUCAUGGAGGACCCUGACGUAGGGUCAAUAGAUGACAUGAGGACGUCGGCUGCCAAUCUCGAAGCUGGUGUCGGACAGCCGACCACCGCGCCUAAGGCCAACCUGGUGACCAAUGAACAGCCCUUCAGCUUCACAAGACCCCCGCAA